CACGCCUUUUCCCGUCAACAGCCAAUCAGAUCCGAGGGUUUCUCAGGCAGUCACGCACUGAAAUAAAAUAAGCGUUGAAUGGAAAUGAUCAUGAAGCGAUGAAUGGAAAGCUUCCGCUUUAAUUUGUCAGAAAGACAGAGCCCGUGGUGAGACGCUUUAUGAGCCGCAGAUCGCCGCCUGCUGGAGAAGAUCCGAACCUCGCCGAACCUCUCCGAACCUCACCGAGCCUCACCGAACCUCUCCGAAGCUCGUCGAGAGAGAACCCGCUCAGUCAGCCAUGUAAAGCGCAGGCGACGGGAUCCUGUUCCGAGCGAAUAUUGUUCCUGAUCUUCAUAAUUCAGCUCGCAGUGAAACAUGGUUCAGUCCUGCUCGGCGUACGGAUGCAAAAACAGAUACCACAAAGAUAAAAACAUCUCCUUUCAUAAGUGAGCUGCACUCCUCCGUGUGUUUCUCUCGCAGCACCGUGUUGUUGUGUUUCUUCAGUUCUGGUCUCUUUGCUCGUGUUCGGUUUCCUCUGGCGCGGCCGGACGUCUGUGGGAGGUGGGUGGCCGCUAUGAAGAGAAGGAACUUCAAACCCACCAAGUACAGCAACAUCUGCUCUCAGCACUUCACCAGAGACUGCUUCAAACACGAGUGCAACAACCGCGUGCUGAAGGACAACGCCGUGCCCUCGCUCUUCACCUCCAGCAAACUACAGGUGCAGGCAGCGUCUCUGGAGGAGAGCUUCAGCCCAGACCUGGCCUUCCCUCUGAGCCUCCCGCUGUCUGCUGCGGACGAGACGCCGUCUGAAGCCCGGCCCGGCCCGGACCUCCACACCAGCGCCUUCAUCUCCUGCGACCACAACUACACGGUGGAGGACACGGUGCAGCAGAAGAGACGCAUCGAGCAGCUGCAGGAACAGCUGGAGAAGCUGCGCAAGAGACUGAAGACGGUGCAGCAGAAGUGCCGGAGGCAGGAGAGGCAGCUGGAGCGCUUCCGAGCCAUGAGCGAGGUCCAGAAGCCCGGGAAGGACGCGGCGCUGGGAGAAAGCUACGUCAUCCUGCCCAAAGAGAUCUACGACGUCCUGAAAGGAAUAGAGACCAUCGGUGCGUCGUGAAGGAAGUCGAGCAACAGAGAGUCACGGUUUUAAAGUGGUUUUAGCGUCAUGACUUGUGCUCUGAACGUGUGUGAACGUGUUCUCUGACUGAAGGGGUUCAGAUGGACAGAAUGAGGUGUAGCUGCUGGAGGUGUCGAUGACGGUUCUGAUCACAGAUCUUUGAGGAACCGAAUGUCCUUUCAGAGCAGAACUAACUCCACAUGCAAUAACUGCGUGAGAGGAUUCAGGAGUGGAAUACGUCUGCUUCGGUCAGAGAAACUAAACCCUUUAGCACUUGUGAAAGAGACCCGAGCGACGCUGAUGUGACAAACGCUUCUGUAAAUCAGGGUCUCAUUAUCUGCAGAUUUGUUGAAAUGGCAGCAGAUCAGUGUUUGUUCUGUUAUUAAUUUUUUUUUUUCUAAUUUAAACCUCUAGAGUUUAUACUGACUAGUUUGUUUUGAAUAGAUUAAUGUACUAAGAUGACCAAACUGGACUUCACUAAAAACAUUUUCAGUAGCCACAGAGUCACAAAGGACUUUCAGCUGUUCGUUGGUUUUCCAUCCCUUGCUGAUUCAUUUUUAUUUACAAAACUUUAAUAAUUGUGGAAUCAAUUUAAGCCAUAUAUGGGUAAAAAUAGAUUCUUUGCUGGGAAAACUUCAGUCAUGGUUGCCUUACGCUCUCAGUGCAAUUGUUCAUGUGUUUGACUGUUUCAGUACAACGCUCUCAUUCUUGACCUGAGCUGAGCUUGAAUGAGUUUCAGUGUCACGCUUGUACAGACACACUUAUGGGAAGAGGAUUGUAUAUAUGGUCUUUUUCAGAAUCUCUUUAAUUUCUCUAUCAUUGGAAUUUUUAUGAAAAGGAUGGCUAAUAACUGUAGUAACUACUAUGGUGAAUGUCUGUGAGGGUAAACUGGGAACAGCAGCACGAGCUCAACACCCGUGUUUUGAUCAUCACAAAAAUGAAGUUCGUUAACAUGCUGCGUGUUACUCAUUAUCUUGAAGAUAGUUCGUUGAGCAAUGUCUUUCCACCAUCAGAUUAAACAACUCUCUUCUGGGAACUAUGAAACCA